AUGGCAAGGCUCACUGAUGAUACCGACUACGAUGCCGGCGAAACGUUUGAUAAUGUACCAAGUUCACUUUCUGAAGCUGGGACUCAUGACAACUACUAUGGCAGACGACUUCAGACUAGGUGCGUUCUACUAAGUCGCUCUGACAACAAGACCAAGUUGCGACAACGAGGUCAAACUACUUCUAUAAAUCGAAAGGAGACUGCGACUAUACCAGAGGUCAAAACAUCCUGGUCUUCAUAUCAUCAGUUUGGGUGA